CGCCAAACCUUCGGCUACGUCACCUCCCGAUACUCACGCCUUGCAACAUGGCUGCAGUCAUGUCUGCCAAGCGGCCUCGCGCUCUUAUCAAUGGCGCGGAGUCAGUGGGCGGCGUGGGACAUAAUAGUCGCAACAAAAGAGCAAGACAAUCUCCACCAGACGAGAACGAGCAAACCGACAGCGAUGAGGUAUCGAACGCAAGCGACGGAGAUGCGCAGGAUGUUGCCCGCGAGAACGACCAGAUGAUAUGGCAAACACAACGAGUUCAGAAAGACUUUGCGGCCGCGAGGCACCAAAAAAAUGUGCCUGCUGAAUGCGGCAUCAUAGAAGAGAUUCGCUGCGUCAACUUCAUGUGUCACGUCAACCUCGUCAUCACCCUCGGGCCCCUGAUCAACUUCAUCAUCGGACACAACGGCAGCGGAAAGAGUGCAGUUCUCACGGCGCUUCAGAUCUGUCUUGGUGGCAAGGCGACAGCUACAAACCGCGCACAGAACCUCAAGAGCUUGAUUAAGGAAGGAGAGUCCCACAGUAGCGUACGAGUACGGAUCAAGAAUCAGGGCCCGCUGGCCUUCAAACCACACGAAUAUGGCAAGUCGAUAUCCGUUGAGAGGCAUUUCAGCAUCAAUGGAACUUCAGGCUUCAAGUUGAGGGACGAGAACGAUAGAGUCGUCACUACGAAGAAGUCUGAGCUGGAGGACAUCCUGGAUGCGUUCUCCAUGCAGAUCGAUAACCCCAUGAACGUCCUCACUCAAGACAUGGCACGGCAGUUUCUUAACAACUCAACACCAAAGGACAAGUACAAAUUCUUCCUGUCUGGCACACAACUCGAGACGCUCCAUCGAGACUAUCAGCAGAUUGAGGCUUCACUGGAGCUGAUGAACAGCCGAGGCCAAAUCACCGACGAGAUCCUGAAGAGCAAGUACAAAGGGAUGGAAGAUCUGAGGGCCAAAGUCAGAAGCGCGGGCAAACUUGAUACUAUGCGCAUGAGGGAACGCGAGCUUGGAGCACAGGGAGCGUGGGCAAAGGUCGAAGAGGAGGAGCACGGGCUGAGGGAGGCCGAGAACGAGAUUGCAAAACUGAACGGCAUGAUCGACACGAAGACUGCAGAAGCACACGAGGCAUCUGAUGCUUUUGAACGUGCAGACGCUGCUGUCACAGGCGCCGAAGAAGACGUCGCCGAUUUGACAAGUCAGACGGAACCGAAGCAGCAAGCGGCCCAGGAGUGCAAGGAGACAUUUGAAGGCGUAAGACAGCAGAUGCUGAAACUGCAAUCCGACGAAAGGAACGCUAAAGGCGACGUUACCAUGAAGAGGAAGAAGGUCAAUCAGUUACAGUCUGAGAUAACUCAACAUAAGCAGCGACAAGCGGAGGCUGACAACGGUAUGUACGCCGAGAAGCAGCAAGAGCUGGAAGCCGCUAGGGCAGAUUGCGCUCAGAAGGCGGAGGCGUUUGCGGCACACGGUGAAAGUCUGCCGGAGCUUCAGCGAAAAUCGAAAGAUGUGCAGAACAUGGAAAUUCAGGCUGAUCAGGCGGUUGAACGUGCUCAAAGAGAUGAAGACCGCAUUAAAGCAACUAUCCGCAAUCUGAAGGGCGAUAGUCGCGAUUGGAUGACAGCAUACCAAAACCCAGACAAGUUGCGCAAUUUGCUUAGAGGCAUCGCAGCCGAUAAAAGGUUCCGCGACCGGGACAACGUCAUCGGUCCUCUCGGACGCCACGUCAAGCUGGUAGAGGCAGACUGGGCCUACAUACUGGAGAAGUCGUUUGGGUCUACCCUGAAUGGCUUCGUCGUCACCAGCAAGCCGGACCAGGCAGUUUUGGCUGAUCUGAUGCGCAAAUCCGGUUGGCAAGGUCCGAUCUACAUAGGAACCGAUAAGCGUAUCGACACUUCUCGACACGAACCCGACCCGUCUUUGCUGACGUGGAUGAGAGCACUCAAGAUUGAAGUCGAUCUCGUCAAGAACGUGUUCAUCAUUAAUCAAGGCUUCGAGCAGACUGUGCUCAUUGAGGGAUCUGACAAAGGCGCGCAGUUCAUGAAAGAGCGAGGUCCGGCGAGCACCAACGUGAAGAUGUGCUUCACCUUCUCGAACGGCGAUAAGAGACGGGGCCGAGUGAUUAAUUACACGGGGGCUGGCGGCAUCAACAACAGCCCUAUUGAUGAGUACCGGGGCCAGUUGCGCAUGCAGGUCGACAAGGCAGCCCAGAUUCGGCAAGAAGAGGAGCAACUUGAGAUCGCCCAGCAAGCGACGCUUGACGCACGACAGGAGUCUAUGAGACUCAAGAACCAGGUCAAGUUUUGCAGGGCACAGGAGACGAACCACGUCCGCGUUGGGAAACAGCUAAAGCACUAUCACCAGGGAGCACAAGACCGUGUAGAACAGCUCGAGGCAGAGUUGAGCGAUGCAACACCAGAUGCAGCGGCCAUCGAGGUACUCGAAGAACAACUGAAGACGGCCCAGGAGGAACUUCGACGAUGUGAAGAUAUCUUUGAAGACGUGGUCGCAAAGAAGCUGGAGUUGGGCGAUGAGAACGCCAGCAACAAGCGAGCGCUCGAGGUUGCUCAACAAGAGGCCAAAGAUGUGGAAUUCCAACUCAGCAAAGCCCAGGCAAGGGUCAGGACGAUGCAGGGCAAGAGAGAAGAUGCGCUCAAGGCGAAGAACAGCAUAUUGGAGUCGAUCCAAGCUAUAGAGAGUAACAAGAAGUUGUGGGAAGACGAGCAGAUCAGCAGGCAGGCAGAAGUCGAUGAGAAGAUUGCUGAGGCACUUACAGUGUCCCCGCGGGUGCCAGUGCCAGAAGGCAAGAGCUUCGAAGACUUGCUCGCUUCGCUGAAGAAUCUCAUCAAGACUAGAGAAGACGCGGAGAGAGAGCUGGGAGGAUCCCAUCAGGACCUCUUGGCACAGGCUAACGAGGCGAAACGAGCACACAAGGAGGCUUACGACGAGGCGGAGAACAUCAAGCAUCUGAAAAACCACCUCAUCCGGACUUUGCAACACCGAAACAUGCGAUGGAAGCAGUUCCGGUCUGGCAUCUCGGUGCGUGCUCGGGUCACAUUCGGUUACCUGCUCAGUGAACGCAAGUUUCGCGGGACGCUCCAGAUCGACCACAAGAACAAAGCGCUGGACAUCAACGUUCAGCCAGACAGUACGGAGAGGUCUGGUGAUGGACGGCAGACCAAGACACUGUCUGGUGGCGAGAAGUCGUUUUCGACCGUCUGUCUGCUGCUGUCUCUGUGGGACGCCAUGGGCUCGCCUAUCCGCUGCCUGGACGAGUUCGACGUGUUCAUGGACAGUGUCAACCGUGACAGGUCGAUGAACAUGAUCAUUGCUGCGGCUCGACGCUCUGUCGGCAGGCAGUUCAUCUUCAUCACGCCGCAGUCGAUGAACAACGUGCAGCAAGACUCGGACGUGAGGAUCACGCGGAUGAGUGAUCCUGAGCGAGGCCAAACGGCGCUCAACUUCUCCGGGGCGUAGAAUUGGGUUUGUGGCGCAAAAUUCUUGUAGGGUUUCUUUGGUGUUUGAUGGGAUGGUGCAUAUGGUAUACCCUGUCGGCGUUGGGAGUCCCCGGAUCUGCGACGAACACGAACGCGUCCACGUCCCAAGCUGCGGAUGGCGCGCGUGCACAGCAUUUAGUAUUUGGCGUUACUCGUUUGAACCAAUGUAAUGCCACGAGGCCUGAACUGCUCACAUGGGACGGUCGGUCAGA